GGGUCUGUUUUAGCAGAGUUUGACUCAUACCUCCCGCCCCCUCCCCUUCCUCUCCCCCCAAUUUUAAAGGCAGUUACAGAGGCAGACAGAGAGAAUGAAUGAAUCUUCCAUCUGCUGGUUCACUCCCCAAAUGGUCACAAUAGCCAGGGUUGGGUCAGGCCAAAGUCAGGAGCUUCAUCCGGGUCUCCCACAUGGGUACAGGGGUCCGAGGACUUGGGCCAUCUUCUGUCUUCCCAGGUGCACGAGUAGAGAGCUGGAUCGGAAGUGGAACAGCCAGGUCUGGAAGUGGUGCCCACAUGGGAUAAUGGCACUGCAGGCAGUGGCUUUAUUUAUUUAUUUAUUUGAAGGGCAGAUUGGAGAGAGGAAGGGAGACAGGUCUUCCAUCCGUUGGUUCACUCCCCAAAUGGCCACAAAGGUCAUGGCUGGGCUGAUCCGAAGCCAGCAGCCAGGAGCUUCCUCCAGGUCUCUCACCUGGUUGCAAGGACCCAAGCACUUGGGCCAUUUUCUGCUGCCUUUCCCAGGCCAUUAACAGGGAGCUGGAUCAGAAUUGGAAGAGCCGGGACUUGAACCAGUGCCCAUGUGGGAUGCUGGCAUGGCAGGUGGUGGCUUCACCUGCUGUGCCACAGUGCCAGCCCCCUUUUUGCUUCUUUUGAGCAAAAAAAAUUUUUUUUAACAUCACAAAGUGAGCCUAAUCCCACAUUCGUCUGGUUUCUGGGAAACUCAGAAAUUUGUGACCCGCAGUCUGUGAUCGUGUGACCCUGUUUUCUCCGCAAUAGGGCCUGAGUAAUACUUGUGUACUGUGGCGAGAUGCAUUUGGGGAAUGAAGCAGCCGGCAGGUACCCGCCCUGGGCACACAGCCAUUAUGGUGCCGUUGUUGGUGGGGGGUGGAACCCCGGGGCGCUCCAACUUCACCAGGCAGAGGCCCAGACACCGCAUGGAGAGGAAGUGAAGGGACUUUUGGGUCAACCACAGCGGGUUGUCAGGGACCGUGAGGCUGAGAGGCACACGCAGGGAGCAUUUCCGACCUGGGGCCCAAAGGGGGCUUUGGAUUCUCAGGGGCCGCCACUGGGAAGAGGGCAUGUGGGAGUUCCAGCCGGAGGGUCAGGAACCCCGGGCACUCGUCUUUGACAAAAUCAUAACCACUGCCUUCGAGAUCAAGGUGGACACAGCCCCCAGGCUACUGGCACCGACCUCCUGGACACCAGGAGGGGGAAGGGCGAGUUCAGCUGUUGGCCGUAUCCUUUGGAGGCUUCCCUUGGCUCUGAGGGCAGUAUUUGGAGCUCAUUUAAAUCCCGGGGUAGAAGGGGGCUUUGGUGUCAAGCGUGCGAGGGUAGGAGGCUGGCGGGGGCUGCCGGUCAGUGGAGUCGGGUUCCCAGAGGCCUCUGCUGGCUCUCAACCGUCGCGCCCCCCCCCCUUCUCUCUCACCUGCAGCUCUGUCAAAGAUGCACUGGACACAGGAGCACGCCCAGCCCCUCAACCAGUGGCCAGAGCAGCACCUGGACGUCUCCUCCACCACGCCGUCGCCGGCUCACAAGCUGGAGCUGCCUCCGGGGGGUCGCCAGCGCUGCCACUACGCCUGGGCGCACGACGACAUCUCCGCUCUCACUGCCUCCAACCUUCUCAAACGUUACGCAGAGAAGUACUCGGGGGUCCUGGACUCGCCCUACGAGCGCCCCACCCUGGGCGGCUACGGCGACGCCGCCUUCCUCAACGGCGCCAAGGCGGACCCUGAGCCCUGGCCGGGGCCCGAGCCGCCCUAUCCUUUGGCUUCGCUCCACGAGGGCCUCCCGGGAACCAAGUCGGGCGGUGCGGGCGGUACCGGGGGCCUCGCGGGCUCCCCGGUUUUAGCGGGGAACUUGCCUGAACCCCUGUACGCCGGCAACGCCUGCGGGGCCACGUCGGCGGCGCCCGAGUACGCGGCCGGCUACGGCGGCGGGUACCUGGCGCCCGGUUACUGCACGCAGACCGGGGCCACGCUACCCCCGCCGCCCCCGGCCGCGCUGCUGCAGCCCCCGCCGCCGCCGCCGCCGCCGGGGUACGGCCCCUCGGGGCCGCUCUACAACUAUCCCGCGGGCGGCUACGCGGCGCAGCCCGGCUACGGCGCCCUCCCGCCGCCCCCGGCCGCGCCCCCGGCUCCCUACCUGACCCCCGGCCUCGCUGCGCCCACGCCCCUGCCCGCGCCCGCGCCGCCGCGGCCGGCGCCCGCUUCCUAUGGCUUCCAGGCGGCUGCUCCCGGCGCCGAGGCCGGAGUGUCGCUGAAGCGCAAGGCUGCCGACGAGGGCGCGGACGGCCGCUACCGCAAGUACGCGUACGAGCCCGCCAAAGCCCCCGCGGCCGACGGCGCCCCCUACCCCGCCGCGGACAACGGCGAAUGUCGGGGCAACGGGUUCCGGGCCAAGCCGCCGGGAGCCGCGGAGGAAGCGUCGGGGAAGUACGGCGGCGGCGUCCCGCUGAAGGUUCUGGGCUCCCCGGCCUACGGCCCCCAGCUCGAGCCCUUCGAUAAGUUUCCAGAGCGGGCCCCGGCGCCGGCUCCCCGCGGCGGCUUCGCGGUGCCGUCGGGGGAGCCUCCCAACGGCGUGGACCAGAGCGCGCUGGAGCUGGUGACGAGCAAGAUGCUGGACUGCGGCCCGCCGGUGCAGUGGGCAGACGUAGCGGGCCAGGGCGCGCUCAAGGCGGCGCUGGAGGAGGAGCUGGUGUGGCCCCUGCUGAGGCCGCCCGCCUACCCGGGCAGCCCGCGCCCGCCGCGGACCGUGCUGCUCUUCGGGCCGCGCGGCGCAGGCAAGGCGCUGCUGGGCCGCUGCCUGGCCACGCAGCUGGGCGCGACGCUGCUGCGGCUGCGGGGGGGAAGCUGGCCCGCCGGCCCGCGAGGGCGGCGCGCCUCCUUCCAGGCCGCUUUCGCGCCCCCCCCUUGCCGCCCCCCCCGGGGUGCCGCUUGCUCAACCGAGCUGGACGCGCUGCUGGCCGCCCGCGACGACGGCGCGCUGCAGGCUCCGCUGCUGGCCUGCCUGGACGGCGGCUGCGGCGCGGGGGCCGACGGCGUGCUGGUGGUGGGCACCACCGCGCGGCCCGCCGCCCUGGACGAGGCCACCCGCCGGCGCUUCGCGCUCCGCUUCUACGUGGCGCUGCCCGACGGCCCAGCCCGCGGGCAGAUUCUGCGGCGGUCGCUGGCCCAGCAGGGUUGCGCGCUGAGCGAGCGGGAGCUCGCGGCCCUGGUGCAGGGCACGCAGGGCUUCUCCGGGGCCGAGCUGGGGCAGCUGUGCCAGCAGGCGGCGGCCGGAACGGGCCUGGCGGGGCUGCAGCGCCCCCUUUCCUACAAGGACUUGGAGGCGGCGCUAGCCAAGGUGGGCCCCCGGGCCUCCCCGAAGGAACUGGACUCGUUCGUGGAGUGGGACAAGAUGUACGGCUCCGGACACUGAAGGCGCGCGCGGAGGACCGCGGGCGCCGCCGCCGCUUGCGGGGAAAGCCGUUGGCCAAAGUGGGCUGGGGAUGGGGGGUGCUUUGCGGGUGGAUUUCAUUUUUGGGGGAAGGAGGACGCUUCUUCCAGGCAGGUCCAGAUGCCAGAUGCGCUGUGUACUCAGGUUUUUGUUUUUGUUUUUGUUUUUUCUUUCCUAUUUAUUGUGGAAGGGAGGCUCACCAUCUCCGCAGGCGAUGGGGCGGACCCGCACGGGGCCGGCACUCUCCCCCCCCCCCCCCCCGCCACAAUUCCUUUUUGCCUCCUGCAAAAUGGCACCCUGCACUCCUCCGCUUUCGCUGCAGUCGCUUUGUCGCUGGCCCUGUUUCUCUUGCGCCUUGUUGCGGUGUCUCUCCCGCGCCUCUGCCGCUGUCCCUGGCCCCCUGGUUCUGACUGUCCCUGAGCCGGGAGAGCCAGAGGCCCCCGGGACUGGGGAGGGCGGGAGACUUUCCUCCCACCUCCUUAUCUCUCACUCAGCUGGGAAGAAAAAAAAAAAAACAAAAACACACCCAAAGCCCAAAGAAGAGUUUUUUGUUUUGUUUUGUUUUGUUUUUGUUUUGUUUGUUUGUUUUUUUUUUUUUUUUGAGGAGAAAUCCCAGAAAUGUAGCUUCUUUAUUUUAGGCCUCUUAUUUUUGUAAGAUGUGUAGCGUUUGCUGUUUUUCUUUUGACAACUCAGGAAGAAACUGACCUCAGAAAGAAUGUUGGACUUUGGCUGCUGGUAGCGGGCUUGGGACAGGGGCAGGGCAAAACCCGGAGCUCUGCCAGGGCAGAAACAGAAUGUAUUCCUCAGGGCUUCCUCCCCAAGUCCCGUGGCGGUAGGCAGGGGUGUGUAUGGGGGGCUGCCGGGUGGUCUUCAGAGGGGGUGGGGCUUGCUCCCUGCCUGCUGCUCCCCCCACCCCUUGCCGCAGCCUAGUAUCUCCUGGGAAAGGGUUAAUCCAGAGUUGGGGUACCCCUUGUCCAUGGCCUGCUCCUGGUCCAGCAAGUGGGCUAAGAGGGCCCCAAUGGCCAAGGGGGUGAAGGCAAAAAGUCCCCAGAGAAGCCAUCUCACCCGGGGGCCCUGCCUGAGCAGAGAGCCCCCAGUCACCUGGGCAGGGAAGACUGCCAGCCCUCAGCUGCCUUCCCUGUGUGUGUGGGUGGGGGGGGGGCUUGUGCACCCCUCACUGGGCCCCUCAGAGGCCCGGCUCUGAGCUGCAGGUGCGACAGAGACUGGCGCCAUGCAGGAUGCAGCCGCGGUCCGGCCCACACUUCCCCCAGGCCUGGAGCCCUUUUCUCUGAGAGCCCUAGCCCUCUCCUUCCCCGGGCCACCCGGGCAGGCACCCCUACUCUGUUUCACACUUCUGAGCUUUGGUCCAAGGGGGCGCCUCCUCUUCCCUCCCCCAGCCCAGCCGCUCUCCCUUGCCCCUGACUGCCCAUGGAGCUCCCACAGAGUCUACCACCUCCCCGUCCUGGCAGGGAGGGUGUCCCUGGGGGACAUUCCAGGUGCCAAGGUGCUGAGGGCCCAUGCUGGCCCGGGAGCGCUGUCAGGAAAGCUGCUUGCUUUUCCCUCUUGGUCUCUUCCAAACCCUCUCCUCUCCCGGGAGUCAGCCGGGUGCAGAGGGAGCGUGCGGUGAGCGAGGGAUUCUCUCUCAGGUGUGUGUGCGCGUGCGCAGGGGGUGGGUGGGCGGAGCCAGUCAAGAAGAAGGGUUGGGAUCCGUGUCUUCAAGAGGCAGACGGCUCUGGGGGUAGCCAGGGGCUCACUGACCAAGACCCAGGCUGCUCUCCCGGGCUCUUCCUGUUCCCCAGGCCUGGGGGACUUUGCACAAGGAGACAGCCCCCAGGCUACCGGUACCUACCUCCUAGACACCAAGGUAGUAGGGAAAAGAGCAGGUUCAGCUCUGGCAAUGUUGGUGGGGGCUGGGGGGAGGGGGGACAUACCAAAGAAUCCCAGGGCCGGCGGGGGGAGGGUGGCCUCUGCUAGCUAGCCUGCUCCUUCCCCCCCAGUCAGGGUCAGGCACCUGUCCUCCGGCUGUAACCAUUUCUACCUCAUUUUGCUGCGUGUUGUACAUGGACAUAUUUAUCUCCUGUCUGACGAUGCUCUGCAGUUAUGGUCUACCUCAGAAGAGACUGUAUUUUAAAAGAAAGUAUUAACACAGUAUUAAAGCAAUGACAGGUG